AUGAUGAACAUGGAUGAUCGGUUAAAGUGCCCCAUUUCAGGACCUUUGAUUUUACUAUUCGGAUCUCUUCCCUUGUCCUUCGACGAGGCUUCCUUUACCGAGUUACGGAAAACCGUGAUUGAAGCCGAUUCACACGACUGGAUUCUUAAAGCUAUUGCCGAACUCCCGCAAUGUUGGAGGACUAUCAUCGCAGCGCUUCCAAAUCUUGAAGACUGGUCAGCUCUCAAUCAGUUGGAAAAUCUAGACUUUGCCUUUAGGACUGGACAACAGCUCAAAAUCCCGUUCCCGCUUCCGAACGCGCUCCUGAUUCCUCUUGCUGUUAUAUCUCACCUGGCACAGUAUACGGCUUUUCUUCACAGUAACCAACUUGACCUGGACAACAAGUCUGACCACCUCCUUGAUUCAAAGCAUGGCGCAGAGACGCUUGGUUUCUGCACAGGGCUCCUCAGCGCUUUCGCUGCAUCAAGUGCAACUCAUAGGGAGGAGUUCGUCAAGUAUGGCGCCGUCGCAGUUCGUCUUGGCCUGCUGAUUGGAAUGGUUGUGGACUCUCAGGAUAGAGAGUCUGAACUUGGAACUUCAAAGUCUCUCGCCACUCUCUGCAACACCGCUGAGAGCGCUAAGGAGGUUUUGCGUGUCCUGAAGCACUUCCCUGAGGCCUACGUUUCCGUCUAUUAUGAUGAAUAUCGAGUCACUGUGACCGCGGCAUCCUCAACGGUUUCGAAGUUGCAGCAGCAGCUGAAAUCGUCCGGUGUGAUGGUAUCUGAAGUAGGCCUAUUCGGACGCUUUCAUGCCGAAUGUCACCGACCUCAGUUAAGUUCAUUAGUUGAAUUCUGUAAUACCCAUCCAGAAUUUCAACUCCCUGAUGCAUCGCAGCUAGUGAUACCCACUAGAUCAAACAGUGGAGGGGAGUUGAUCACCCAAGGGACCUUGCACAGCCAUGCUUUGACGUCUAUUCUGGUAGAGCCUCCACAAUGGUAUCGGACUUUCUCCACUGUUCGUGCUGGCAGCCUAAAUGAUAAAAAUGCCGCCAUCUUCUCGUUUGGCUCCGAACGGUGCAUACCACCGUCACUCAUGCGCGGUUUGAGCCAACAGGUGGUCUAUGUGGCGGAUCGAGAUCUAACCAACGAGCAAUUCGAGGGAUUGCAGAAGGACCAGCGGACCUACUCGGACAAUGACAUUGCCGUCGUCGGUAUGUCAUGUAAAGUCGCCGGCGCGGAGGACCUGGAGGAGUUCUGGAACCUUUUAUGUUCAGGGAAAUCACAGCACAGGGAGGUUCCUAAGGAGCGGUUUGGUUUUGAGACAGCAUUCCGUGAUACUGACCCGAAGCGGAAGUGGUUUGGCAACUUUGUCAAUGGCCACGAUAUGUUUGAUCAUAAAUUCUUCAAGAGAAGCCCACGCGAGAGCGCUACAAUGGAUCCUCAGCAGCGUCAUCUUUUACAGAUUGCCUACCAAGCUGUCGAACAGUCUGGCUACUUCCACUCGGCCAACCCCGAGAAGAACAUUGGAUGUUAUAUAGGCGUUUGUGCGACUGACUAUGAGAAUAAUAUCGCUUGUCAUGCGCCCAACGCCUUCUCUGCAACUGGGAAUUUGCAAGGCUUUAUUGCAGGAAAAGUCAGCCAUUACUUCGGCUGGACAGGCCCAGGGCUUACCAUUGAUACAGCCUGUUCUUCAUCAACUGUUGCUGUGCAUCAGGCAUGCCGCGCAAUUAUUAGUGGAGAAUGCAAUGCCGCCCUCGCAGGGGGGACCCAUAUUAUGAGCGGCCCUCUCUGGUUCCAAAAUCUUGCAGGGGCCUCUUUUUUGAGCACCACAGGACAAUGCAAGCCUUUUGAUGCUGACGCUGAUGGCUACUGCAGAGGCGAGGGCAUUGCUGCUGUGUUCCUAAAGAAGGCUUCUGCUGCCAUUGCUGAUGGGGACCAAAUCUUGGGUGUCAUUGCUGCAACAGCUGUGCAACAAAAUCAAAACUGCACUCCUAUCUUUGUCCCCAAUGUUCCCUCCUUAUCCAGCCUCUUCUACGCUGUCACGAAUCAAGCCCGCAUCAAGCCGGCGGAAAUUUCCGUUGUUGAGGCACAUGGCACUGGAACCGCUGUUGGAGACCCUGCCGAAUAUGACAGUAUCCGGAAAGCCCUCGGUGGGCCGGCAAGGGCGGGCCCUCUUGCGCUAAGUUCGGUCAAGGGCCUCGUCGGUCACAUUGAAUGCACGUCCGGAAUUGUUUCAAUUAUCAAGGUUCUGCUCAUGAUCCAAAAGGGGAUGAUUCCUCCCCAGGCAAGCUUCAAUACAAUAAACCCGGCCAUCGAUGCUACCCCGGCAGAUAAUAUGAGCAUUCCCACGAAAUUACAGGCAUGGAACACCGAUUUCAAGGCAGCGCUUAUCAAUAACUACGGCGCAUCAGGAUCUAACGCUUCGAUGGUUAUCACGCAACCGCUAGUUCCCAGAUCUAAGACGGCUCCGGAGAGCCCUAUCGAAGUGCCCGCUGGGACCAAGUUCCCAUUCUGGUUCUGUGGUCUUGACGACCAAAGCCUUCGUCGGUACUCUGAAGCUUUCCGCAAGUUUAUUGCUGGACAAAACUCUUCAACGAAGGGACUUUCGUUGUCUAACAUCUCCUUUAACCUUGCCCGCCAAAGUAAUCGUUCCCUCGAGCGUAGCUUGAUGUUUAGUGUUCGAUCAGUGGAUGAACUACUGCAGAAGCUAGAGAUGUUCGAGAAGGGCGAUAUGAGCGUUGCUUGUGCUGCAACUACCGGCCAGCCUCGGCCAGUCGUGCUCUGCUUUGGUGGCCAAGUCUCUACAUUUAUUGGGUUGGAUCCAAAUGUGUACAAACGUGUGGCUAUCCUCCAAAAACACCUUGACACUGUCGAUGCGGCUGCACGCUCACUCGGUGCUGGGAGUAUCUUCCCAAGUAUAUUCGAGCGUUCACCCAUUCAGGAUACUGUUAAGUUGCAGCUUAUACUAUUUGCGAUGCAGUAUGCUUGUGCUCACAGCUGGAUUGACUCAGGCAUUCAACCAGCUGCAGUUGUGGGCCAUAGUUUCGGCGAGCUCACAGCUCUUUGCGUCUCGCAAAUCCUCUCCCUAGAAGACAGCUUGAGGAUGGUUGUGAGCCGCGCUACUCUUGUUCGGGACGCUUGGGGUGGUGAUAAAGGCGCCAUGAUAGCGGUGGAAGCUGACGUGGAAGAUGUUGAGAAACUUCUUAGCGAGUCAAGCAAAAACUGUCCAGGGGAGAUUCCAGCCAGCAUUGCCUGCUACAACGGACCCAGGAGCUUCACUAUUGCUGGUUCUACAGCGUCUAUCGAAGCCGUCGCUGCUGCUAUCUCCACACCAGCUUUUUCAUCGAUGAGAGCGAAGAGACUGAAUGUUACCAAUGCAUUUCACUGUGCUUUGCUCGACCCUCUUCUUCAGCAGCUAGAACAGGUUUCCAAAAAUCUAAAUUUUGGCGAACCCGUAAUUCCCAUGGAGAGGGCAACUGAAUUUCCUCAUCAAGAAAAACUCACCCCUAGGUUUGUUUCGGACCACAUCCGUUCCCCGGUGUUCUUCCACCAUGCGGUGGAGCGACUCUCUAAGCGUCACCUAUCAUGCAUUUUUUUAGAAGCUGGUUCCAACUCCACGAUUACUUCCAUGGCAAGCCGAGCGCUUGGUAAUCCUGGUAGUUCGCACUUCCACGCUGUCAAUAUCACAUGCGACAAUGGAAUCAACAAUCUCACUGACACCACGUUGAGCUUGUGGAGGGCUGGCCUGAAAGUACACCAUUGGCCACAUCAGAUUGCACAAACAAAAGAGCAUACUCCUCUAUUGCUUCCUCCAUAUCAGUUCGAUAAGGUGUCCCAUUGGAUCGAGCUUAGGGCUCCCCCUAAGGUAUCAUCGACGCCACCCUUGCCGAAGGAGGAAGAAGAAAAGGUUCCUGACCAACUUCUCACCUUCGUUGGAUAUCAAGAUGGCAGGAAGCGCCUCGCUAAGUUCCAGAUCAACACGAUGAUCUCGAAGUAUGAUAGGCUUAUCGUCGGUCACGUCAUCGCGGAAACUGAGCCCAUUUGCCCAUCAACGGUGCAGUUGGAUCUUGUCGUCGAGGCCAUUCGCAAUCUCCGCCCCGACCUCAUGGCUGCAAAACUGAUGCCGCAGAUCCAUGGCGUUCAAAAUCAGUCUCCUAUCUGCAUCAACCCAGCGCGGGCAGUUUGGAUCGAGGUUAAUGAAGACGACACGAGCACAGCCCCAUCCUGGAAUUUCGAGGUAUUCAGCACCGACUUGGCAAACAGCGCCUUGAAAACACUUCAUACAACUGGUAAAGUGCUCUUCCGGCCUUCAGAUGACCUGAUGAUUAAACUUGAAUUCGCGCGGUUUGAGCGGCUGAUCGGCCAUCAAAGCUGUUUGAAUCUGUUAACGAGUGGUGAGGUCGAUGAAAUUCUCAAGAGCACGAACAUCUACAGGAUAUUCGCUGAGAUUGUUGACUAUGGUGAGGACUAUCGCGGUCUCGAGAAACUUGUCGGUCGUGGCAAUCAGUCCGCUGGGUAUGUUGUCAGGAAGUGCGAUAGCGAAUCAUGGCUUGACGCCCACCUUGUCGACAGCUUCUGUCAAGUUGGAGGUAUUUGGGUAAAUUGCAUGACAGAUCGAGCUCCAACGGAUAUAUUUAUUGCCAAUGGGAUUGAGCAGUGGAUAAGGUCACCGAAGUUUUACCACGGAGACCUCAAUCCAAAGGCCUUCCACGUGUUUGCAACCCACCACCACCCUUCGGAGACAUCAUAUCUCACGGAUGUUUUUGUUUUUAAUGCCAGCAGCGGUGCACUAGUUGAGGCAAUUCUCGGUAUCAGCUAUGUCAGAAUACCGAAGGUUUCAAUGAGCAAACUACUUUCAUGUCUUACCGUGAGGAAUGCCCAUGGUUGCGCUGCAAAAUCAGGGUCAAUCAAGGUGGAGCGAGCCGCUAAUUCCACGAUUACCCUGUCACCAGAGUCCACCAUAUCGGCCAACCACGCACCAAAUAUCACCAAACCGGCAAAGGGGAAGAAGCAGUCUCAGAGUCUAGACGUGAGCCCGAAGGUAAAGGCAAUUCUAGUAGAGCUCUCGGGUCUUGAGUUGGAUGAGAUUAAAGAUGAUAGCCAACUUGCUGAUCUCGGUAUCGAUUCUCUCAUGGGAAUGGAGAUGGCCCAUGAGAUUGAGCAAGCAUUCAAUAUUACGCUUCCUGAAAGUGAGCUCAUGCAGAUUGUGGACAUGUGUAACCUACUCAAGUGUGUUCAGAGCGCUGUGAAACGCUCUACAGGCGGGGAGGUCGCUGCCGACAGCGAUUACGGGGAGUCUGACGAUAGCUAUGAAAGAUCAAACACCAAUAACGAGUUCACCGCUUCUACUAUUCAAACCAACCAAAGCACUCCUGUGCCCGAGGCGGAAAGAGAUCUUCUGAACAAAGAACCUACCGGCCUCGAACUCCCUUUCGCCACAGUCAUGGAAGCAUUCAACGAAACGAAACAGUUAACGGAUGAGAAAAUUGCCGAGUAUAACCAGACCAACUACGUUGAUAUGGUCAUGCCGGUCCAAACACAACUGUGUAUUGCACUUACCCUUGAGGCCUUUGAUGAGCUAGGAUGUAAUCUGCGGGAGGCAAAGCCCGGGCAGAAGUUAGCUCGCGUUUCACACCCUUCGGAACAUAGGCGUUUGGUGGAUUACCUUUACCGGAUGCUUGCAAAGGAAGCGCUGCUGAUAAACCUCGAUGACGACACUAUCACGCGAACUACCACUCCACCUCCGCCAGAAUCCAGCAAGGACAUCCUCGAGCAGCUACUCAAACGCUUCCCGGAUCAAAAUACGGCAGAUAGACUUACCUUCUACACCGGUUCCAAUCUAGCGGAGGUACUGCGAGGCAAUACAGAUGGGAUCAAGUUGAUCUUCUGUACAGAGGAGGGUCGCGAGCUUGUCUCAGGCCUGUAUGCUGACUGGCCCCUGAACCGGUUGUUCUAUUCACAGAUGGAAGACUUCUUGUGUCGGCUUAUCUCUAAGCUCGAUAUGAGCACUGGCCCACUCAAGAUUCUGGAGAUGGGUGCUGGUACUGGUGGAACAACUAAGUGGAUUGUUCCUCUUUUGGCAAAGUUGAACGUGCCAAUCGAGUAUACCUUUACAGACCUUGCGCCGUCCUUUGUCGCUGGUGCAAGGAAAAAGUUCAAACCUUAUCAAUUCAUGAAGUUCAGAACCCAUGAUAUUGAGAAGGCGCCUGCGGACGAUCUCAUCGGGACUCAACAUGUCGUUAUUGCAAGCAAUGCUGUUCACGCGACACACAGCUUGUGUGAGUCGGCAAAGAAUAUCCGUAAGGCAUUACGACCAGAUGGGCUCCUUAUGAUGCUGGAGAUGACGGGUACACUCUACUGGGUCGAUAUGAUCUUUGGGCUAUUUGAAGGUUGGUGGUUCUUCGAUGAUGGCCGCACACAUGCUGUUACAUGCGAGUCCAGAUGGGAGAAGGAUUUACAGUCUGUUGGCUAUGGGCAUGUUGAUUGGACGGACGGUAACAUGCCGGAAAACAAGGUUGAGAAGCUGAUUAUCGCAAUGGCUUCGGGUUCUAGGUGCGACAGGCUCCGAAUUCCUUCCACCCCCAAGCCCAUUGAGAUUCGAUCAGCUGACUGUGCCGCUCGACAAGCAGUCGUCAAUAAAUACGUGCAGGAGCUGACCGACGGCUUUGCCGCGGCUGUCGAUGAUGAAUUAUCGGCCUCUCUUCCGAAGCAUAAUCCGAAGGGCAAAACUGUGCUCGUGACAGGCGCCACCGGCAGCUUGGGAUCCCACAUAAUUGCCAAACUUGCGAUUCUCCCAGAUAUCAGGCGCGUUGUAUGCCUCAACCGGCGAAGUAGACAGGUACCCAAAGAGCGGCAGCAACAGGCUCUGACAAAGAAAGGCAUCAGUAUUAAUCCGGAAGCUUCCAGAAAAUUGUGUGUGAUUGAGACAGACCUGUCAAAACCUAACCUUGGUCUACUAACGGUCGACUAUGAAGACCUUGUCAACAAUGUCACCGAUAUCAUUCACAAUGCAUGGCUCAUGAAUGCCAAGUGGCCUGUCAAGAACUUUACACCCCAGCUUCAGAUUAUGCGCAACCUGCUCAAUCUCGCUCGUAAGAUAUCAAGUAGACGGUCGCAGGGAACCAAGGUGACGUUCGAGUUCAUCUCCUCAAUUGCGACCGUCGGGCACUGGCCCAUCUGGACGGGCAAGGUUAAUGUUCCUGAGGAGCGGAUGACAAUCGAAUCCGUGAUACCCACAGGCUAUGGUGAUGCCAAAUACAUUUGCGAGUGUAUGCUUGACGAAACGUUGCACAAAUACCCAGACCGAUUCCGUGCCACGGCUAUCCGGCUUGGGCAGGUUGGAGGCUCCAGCGCAAGCGGUUACUGGAAUCCGAUGGAGCAUCUGUCGUUCGUGUUUAAAUCUUCUCAGACACUUCAGGCCCUACCGGACUUUGAUGGGCUUCUCUCCUGGACACCUGUAGACGACGUCGCCAGCACGCUUGUCGAUAUCCUGAUGUUGCCCGAAGAGACGACCUUAUAUCCUAUUUACCACAUCGACAACCCGGUUCGUCAACCAUGGAAGGAAAUGAUUCCUGUGUUGGCGGAUGCCAUGGAUAUACCGCCACAGAACGUUAUCCCAUUCAAAGAUUGGGUACAGCGCGUGACAGAUCAUCCAAGGCGGGUGGAAGGCCCCGAGGGCGAGAACCCAGCAAUUAUACUGAUAGACUUUCUUGACGGGAACUUCCUUCGCAUGUCAUGUGGUGGACUUCUGCUUGAUACGGCGAAGGCGCGAGAGCACUCAAGGACCCUGGCAAAUGUUGGGCCUGUGAGCGAGCGGGUGGCUAGGUUGUUUGUUAAAAGCUGGAAGGAUAUGGGGUUUUUGAAUUAGCUGACUUGAACUAUUUUCUUUUCUCUUGUUUGACUUAUUUGGGCCCGCCUUUUGGAGCACAGAGUACUUCGUACUGUCUAUAGAAAGGGAUAUU